AUGGAUGCAGAAGAAUUUCGCCGCCGCGGAAAGGAGAUGAUAGACUAUGUAGCCGACUAUCUGGAGAACAUCCGCGAGCGACGCGUGUUCCCGGAAGUGGAACCAGGGUACCUACGAAAACUUAUACCGGGAGAGGCCCCCGAGGAAGGCGAAUCGUUUGAAAACAUCUUCAAAGACAUUGAACGUGUAAUUAUGCCAGGGGUCACUCACUGGCAUUCGCCCCACUUCCACGCCUACGUCGCGGCCGCCAACUCUUACCCGGCAAUUGUAGCUGAUAUUCUCUCGGACGGCAUUUGCUGUAUUGGAUUCUCGUGGGCAUCGAGCCCCGCGUGCACAGAACUAGAGGUCGUGGUUCUAGACUGGCUGGGAAAGAUGCUGGACCUGCCCGAGAGCUUCCUGGCGUGUUCAGGUGGAACUGGGGGUGGCGUUAUUCAGGGAACCGCAUGCGAGGCAACGCUGAUGGCGCUUCUCUCUGCGCGUGCGCGAGAAAUCUUCCGUUACAAGCAGACGAAUGGGCACGUUGACGACGGCGUGAUUAUGUCUAAGUUCGUCGCGUAUUGCUCUGACCAGGCACAUAGCUCGGUGGAGAGGGCGGGACUGAUCGCAAGCAUACGGAUGAGGAAGCUGCCUACAGACGAGGACUCCUCCCUCAGGGGCCAGACCCUUCGAGACGCCAUCAAUAAGGACCGGACACAGGGGCUCUUUCCUAUAUUUGUGUGCGCUACGCUUGGAACCACGCCAUCUUGCGCCUUCGACAAUGUUAAAGAACUUGGCAUUGUAUGUCAAGAGGAGAGCACGUGGAUGCACAUCGACGCUGCCUAUGCCGGAAGCGCUUUUAUAUGCCCAGAGUUCCGCCCCUUGUUGGACGGUGUGGAGCUUGCCGAGUCGUUUAAUUUCAACCCCCACAAGUGGCUAAACGUGAAUUUCGACUGUUCUACCAUGUGGGUAAAGGACUGUAACUUGCUUACGGAAGCCUUUAAAGUUGACCCUCUCUUAAAACACGAUAAUCAGGGAGCGAUGCCAGACUACCGACACUGGCAAAUACCUUUGAGUCGAAGAUUUAGGUCCUUGAAGCUGUGGUUUGUAUUGCGCACAUACGGCCGGAAAGAACUCCAAAACUACAUCCGAAAGGACGUUACGCUGGCACACCAGUUCGAGAGUAUGGUGGUGGCAGACGACCGAUUUGAGAUCGUGGGGAAGGUCGUCAUGGGACUCGUCUGCUUCCGGCUGAAGAAUGCUUCCAACGCAACUAAUGAACGUCUUCUGAAAGCAAUCAACGCGGACGGGCGCAUUCACAUGGUGCCUUCCGAGGUACGGGGCGUCUACUUCCUCCGAUUUGCCGUCUGCUCGUCGCGCUCGACUGAAAGUGACAUCACGUUCGCAUGGGACGUCAUCCGGGAACUCACAGAGAGCGUACUCAAGGAUUCCGAAAUGUGUGAGGAACCACUAUGUGAGAAGUGUAAACUGGAUCAUGGAAGGAGAAAAGUUUUAAAGCAUCACAAGUUGUGUGACCUCACGGAUUUACCUCCCAAGGAAAUAAACGACCUUCUGAAGAGCUUGCUUGCUUGUCCUAAUCAUGAAAAGGAAGAAGUUGUCUACCUGUGUAAAGACCACGAUGUGACAUGCUGUAACAAGUGUGCUAUGGCCGACCACAGAAAGUGCGAGGAAAAAUCAACAAUGUCGGGUAGCGGUCGUGGCUUGCGAAGACCGGCGGGGCAAGCCGUAGCGGAACGGGGACAGAGAGAGGGACGGGGGAUGCGGGCGGCGGUAGAGCCGGCACCGGCGAAUGAACAAAGGGCUAGACGGCGUAUAAGGGUUGCGGCGGAAACGGCGCCGGUACCAGAGCCGUCACCAGCCUCUGUUCCUGGGCCAGAACCAGAAUCGGCAACCGCUAGUGCGCUACCUGCAAAACGUCGACGCGCAGACGAUAGCGCCGCAAAUGGUGAGGUUAUUGAUUUCUGUGAUAUUUCCGCAGAGCCGAUGGGCUACCACAUGGUCACAACGUGGCAGAGCAGGAGGCACUAG